UGACGAUGUGAGCUUCGGACGUAAACAUGGAGAGAGACGCGCUGAAAAGGCAAAUUGAUCUGUUGCAAAGUAAGUUGGUGGUUUACAGUACAGUUAACAUUACUGAUGUAUUAUAUUUAAUAACUAUCUAAUAGUGAACUAUUACAUUUGAGAGUUGUUACGAUUGCUGUGUUGGCUUUGCGAACCAACACGUUCUCUGUUUAUGCCUAGCUAGCUAGCUGGCUAUCGCUAGCAGGUUGCUAGCUAUAUUCUAGUCUCUACAAAUGGACGAUAGAACGUAGAGGCUAGCUAGAUGUACGCCUUUCAACUUUAAUGUACCACUUUUGCCAGCUACAUCUUAACAUCUUUCUGUCAUCUAACAGGUCUCAUCAACAACCAUAAGAGUGUCCAUGGGGAUGCCCCUUCUACUUCUGGCCAGCAGUGGCACUCAGCGAGGCCACCGCCACGAGGCAGGGGUCACAGCUCAGCUUUCACCUCCACAUUCCCCUCCCAGGGUGGGCCUUACCCCCCUCAGUCCGCGGGACACUGGAGGAAGACCUACUCCCUCAAUAACAAGACCAACUCAGCCCAGCAGAGUAGACCUACUAUACAGACUGCCAAGCCCUCUUUAGAGGAGCCCUUAGUUUCUGCAGAACCCAACUCUUCUACUGGCUUGCUGUCCCUUAAUGCUACAGGCACCUCACAGCCCAGCCACAGCAGUAAGGACCCGGCUAGAGGAGAGAAGCAUGGAACAAAAUGUGCUACAUCUAGGGAUCUAACAGGACCAUGUCCAAGGGGCCAGCAAUAUGCACUCACAGGGGGAGUGAGAAGAACUGUGACUGGGACAGGCAGUGGAUCCACAGCUAUAAAGUUAGAGACUGAGUCAGACAGAGCGAGGACAGGACCUGGGGGUGAGGCUGGGCUGGGACUCUCUGGGCUAACAGGGCCUGCACCUCCAGACGACCAGCAGAGAGAGACUAAACAUGAGGUUCAGCCCACCACUGAAGGGAAGGGCAUGGGGCCUGUGAUAGCCACUUCCCCUGGAGAAAAUAAUACAGAAUUGACAAGUGUCCCUGUCUCAGACAAACCUACUGUCACUGCCACCAGGGUCCAGAGCACUGCUCAGCAGCAUAUCAGACCUCAUCUCUCUGAGAAAACCAACACAGGAGGUACACACACUGUCAUUCCUAGAGAUGCGAACCCACCUCCUCUACUUCUUCCACCCCCUCUCUCUGCCCCCCCUAGUGCCCUACCAAGACCCCCACUAAGCCCCAGGUCCAAGCCCACACCAGCCCAGCCCCAGACAACCUCUUCUCCCCAGAGACACUCCAAGUUCACCUGGGUGAACAGCCAUCAGCCAGGAGGAGCUGGGCCCAGACAGGCCAGAACAGAGGCCCAGCACUCAGACAAAUUCAUCACCCCUUCCCCCAUCCCAGUCUCCCAUCCCGUGGUCCCCAGUGGUGCCUCACCCUCACCCAUCCCCAGUAGAAGAGCCUCUGCCCCCAUCAAGAAGUUUCCCCGUAGGCUCAGUUUAUCCACCGCAGUCCCUAAGACCUCCAAGUACACCUGGGUGUCAUCUUCUGCAGGGGGCCAGGCCAGGCUGUCCCGGAAGGCCCUCUCACCCAAAGCCCUGGCUCUGCCCCAGAGAGAUCAAGAGAAGGGAGAGGGGGUAGCCAAGAAACCCAAAUCCCCAAAUCUUUUAGCCAAGCAGCGUAAGGCAGCAGGGGCCUCCUCCUCCACCACCCUCAGUAGUCGCUACUGCUGGAAGGCAGGGUCUGGAGGAGGGGGGCAGACUGGGACAGGGGGAGGGAUAGGGGUCCGACGUGGGUCUGUGUUUCGCUGGACCUCGGAGAAAGAGAACGGGGCCAAGGGGGUGUCCAGUGUCCCUCUAUCUGAAACUCAACGCACUAUAGUGCCCGCCUCCUCCCCUGGAGGGUUCAAACUCAGGAGCAGGAUGAAGAUUAUCAGGAGGUCGGCUAGCAGGUGAGAAAGAGGAUUAAGGGAAGCCAGAGAUGUCUUUACUUGUCUCAUACCUAUUCUCUUACGUCUAGUAAUGCAUGCUGGAAUGUCUCUUUUUAUCCUGAUUUUGUAUCUGUGAACAUGUAAUAUUGCCUUUGGCCAGAGGGUGGAAGCAAAUCUAUAUUUUGUUUCUGAAUGUUUAGACGCACUCUCGCUCUCUCUCUCACACACACACACACACACACACACACACACACACUCUGUCCUGUGUGUUACAGUGAGUCUGGAUCAGAACGGAGGUCCAGCCCAGCAGACAUUACCCUGAACAGCCGCUACUCUCUCCGCCGGCGGACACACACUCCCGUUAGAACACACACACCGGUCCGGACACACAACCCGGUCCGAUCACACACCCCAGUGAGGACACACACCCUGGUCUGGAGCCCGGGGGGUGUGAAGAGGACCCUGUCCCGUGAACUGGUCUCGUUCGGCAGACACAAGCUACGACGUCUCUCCCCCAGCCCCUCCAGGACAGGUAGGCACUUUAUUUAA